AUGAGCUCCAAAGGGAGGAAGCUCUUCGAUGAUGAUAGCGACAGCGAUAGGGGAAGGAAAAGAAGGCGACUGAAAAAAGUAUCAAGCAGUUUGUUUGAUGACGACGAUGACGAUAAUGAUCAGGACAACGAUUUGUUUAACACGGAAGAGACGAAUGCUUCUAAAUCCAAAGGCGUUGUCGAAAUUAAGGAUGAGGAGGAUACCUACUACGCAGGAUCUACGUCCAACAGGUCAGUGCAAAAUAAGUCGUCAGGCAAAUCCGCGUACCAUGACAUAACGUCCUACUUCAAGUCAAGUUCCAAAAGGAUGGAGAACCAAAUAGAGGCAGACCAAGUGAAAACCGGACACAAUGUGAAGGACAAUGCAGGAGAAAAUAGUACAAGUCCCCUCCACCUGGAAAGUAAAAAAUUUAAAAAGGAACCUUCUCAUACCAGCAGCGGGCUGAAGAGGCAAAGGGAAGAAGCCCUAUCCAACAUGAUAGACGAAAUGAAAUAUAAAAAAAAACACACCUCUCCAGGGAAGGGAAAAACCAAAGAAGAAACCAACCUUAACAAUAGCAGCGGGAAUAAUACCACAAAAAAGAAAAACCUCACCUCCAUGUCCACCAUCCGUGGAAUUAACAACAGCGACGAUGGAGCUAACAAUUUUGACUACCUCCCUUUUCAAAACCUCAAGUUUGUGUUAACAGGAGUUUUUAAAAAUUUCUCUCGAGAUGAGUUAGCGUCAAAAAUAAAGGAGCAUGGAGGAAGCGUUAUGUCCGCUGUGUCGUCAAAAACGCAUUAUCUCAUUCAUGGGGAGUACCUGGAAGACGGCCGAAUGUACAACGAGGGGAGGAAGUACCAGAAGGCGUUCGAGAUCCAGAAGAUGAGCAAGUCCAAUAUUAAAAUUUUGAACGAGGAGGAGCUCCUCCAAAUGCUACCACAGGAGAAGGACAAAACGCCCAAUGGGGGAGACACCGCUGACGGGAAAGACGACCAGGACGCAUUCGAAAAGAUGCAACAAAGCGACUUCACGAAAGUUGGAAGUGAAAGUGGGAACAGCGCAAGUGGAAGCUAUAAUCGUGCCACACACAGCGAGAAGGAUACCCCACCCAACUGCAGUGCACCGGUGGUUCAAAACAAAAUCCAGAACCAACUGUGGGUAGAGAAGUACAGACCAAAAAGCCUAAACGAACUUGUAGGGAACAAUCAGAAUGUGCUUAAGUUAAAAAAUUGGCUAGCUAGCUGGGAUGAUGUAUGCAUAAAAGGGCUAAAAAAACAAGUAACGAAAACAUUCAGGGGGGUAUUCGAAAAUGUAAAUGCCAGGUGUGCACUUUUGAGUGGCUCCGCAGGGAUUGGAAAAACGACGACUGCAAAAAUUGUGGCCGAAAGUUCAGGAUAUAAUGUUAUCGAAUUUAAUGCGUCCGAUGAGAGAAACAAAGCGGCAGUAGAAAAAAUCAGCGAAAUGGCCACGGGAGGGUACUCCAUUGCUUCGAUUAAAAGUCGGAAAUUAACAAAAACCUGCAUAAUUAUGGACGAAGUGGAUGGCAUGUCUAGUGGAGACAGGGGAGGCAGUACAGCCAUAUUGAAGCUUAUCGAAAAAACAAAAUGCCCAAUUAUCUGCAUUUGCAAUGACAGGCAGAAUAGCAAAAUGAGAACAUUAGCCAACAAAUGCUACGACUUAAAAUUUACAACUCCAAACAAAAAUAGCGUCGUCAAUAGGUUAUUGGAAAUAUGCAAAAAAGAGGAUAUUAUGAUGGAGCCCAACGCAUUGGAACUCCUAUGGGAAAGCACAAAUGGAGACAUGAGACAAAUGCUAAACGCGCUCCAGCUACUCUCCAAAACGUACAAGCGAAUACAAUUCUUGGACCUAAAAAAAGAGUUAAACAAUUCUAAUAAAAACAUACAAUCGCUAGCCAACCCAUUUGAAAUAACACUCAAACUCUUAAACUUCCAUGAGUCAUCCAAGUUGAAAAUACGAGAAAUCAUGGACCUCUUUUUUGUGGACUAUGAAUUGAUCCCAUUUUUUAUAAGUGAAAAUUAUACCAAUGUAUUUAAUGACAAUGACAAGUCUGCUAACUCGAUAAAUAAAUGGAUUGCCUACUCGCAAAUAUCCUACGAUUUAGCCCUGGCGGAAAAGAUUAAAUAUAACAUGAAAACGACCAUGGACUUUUCUCUCCUUCCCCACUUUUCCAUUUUAUGUUGCGUGUGUCCCGUCAUGCGAAUUAAAAUGUUAAAGGCAUAUAUGUCUGGCAGAAUUAACUUCCCCUCCGCCUUAGGAAGGAUUUCCUCCUUCAACAAAAAUAAAAGGCUACUAAACGAGGUGUGCUUUAACAUGUCCUACAAGCUAAAUGUCUGUCCAAAACAUAUGGUUACCUCUGGAUUCUUAAAUUAUAUAUAUGCACAGAUCAUUUCUCCACUCCAAAGUAAUAACAUACCUAAGGCCAUCCAACUCAUGGAAGAAUAUAACGUCACCAAAGAAAUGAUCACGGAAAAUAUCCCCUGCUUGAGAUUACCCACACAGGAAAAUUUGUAUGAUAAAUUGGAGUCAAAAGUUAAGGCAUCCUUCACUAGGCAGUAUAACGCUUCGCACGUUAUCAAAAAUGAUCCUAACAUGAUGCGUAAGGGGCUCAAGUCAACUGAGAAGAAAACUUCCUUCAAAUUGAAUGAAUACGAAUCCGAUGAAGACAUGGACGAACUUAGUGAAUCCAAGGAGGAGAAGGACGAUGAUGUACUGGUCAAGAGUAAGGUCGACAAGAAGACUGCCGCCAAGGGGAAGGCCACCCCUCGAUCCAAGGCAACGAAACGGUGA